AUGUUCGCAUUGAAGAGGUACGUACCGGCACAAGCCGUCCCUCCGCAGGGGGCAACUGGUGAUCUCCUAUCUUCGUAUUCACCCGGCGCUUUUCGACGAACCACGCGACGUUUCACUGGCGCAUACGAUCAACUCACAGACAAGGGAGUNGGAGUUCCGCUCACUCCACCGAAUCAACCGCAAGUAAAUCAGGAUUUGGUCAACGGUCUGGUCACCGUGUCCGACCAUAGCCAUGCACUGAUGACCCAAGCUAGUCGUGUGUGUGCCCGUCCUGAAGAGCAGGAUUUGCGCAGCCGAUUCCAAGCAGCAGCCAGAGAUGUCACCGAGAGUAUAAGUCAGUUAUUGACUAUCUGCACGACCGGUGUCACACCGGAUCAACGAGAUUGUGAAGUGGCCUUACGACGUCUAGAAGCAUUGCGUCCAUUAUUGGAGAAUCCUAAUCGUCCGGUGAACCAACAGGCCUACUACGACUGUGUCGACUCAGUGGCCAAAAGCCUGUCGCCAUUGGCCGAUAGCUUGCGAAAUAUGUCCAACUCGGCCAGGGAACAACAAACUCAAGAAUUCGGUUCGGCCGUCCGCCUGUGUGCCAACUCUAUGUGUCAAUUAGUUGAGGAAACCGCACAGGCCGCCUAUUUGAUUGGUCUAGCCGAUCCCCGCUCGGAACCGGGCAAACCGUCACUGGUGAACACGCAACUGUUCUUACGCACUCAACAAGAAAUCCAGGAGGCUUGUGAUGCGAUCUGUAGUCCAUCUGUGACCAAUCGGCAGGUCAUUGCAUUGUCCACAGAAAUGGCUCGCUCUGCCAAAGUGCUCUGCGAGGCUUGUAGCAGUGUUUCCGCCCAGACUCCAAGUCCCGAGGCUCGUCAACAGCUGAACAAUUUGACCCGCGAAACCAUGCAGUCGAUUACCGCAUUGAUUCAGCAGCGUGGAAGUAUGGCUACCAGUGCGGGAGCCGCUGACGGUGAAUGGGCCGAGGCGAAUAGACAAACCACAUUGGCCAGUGCUCAGGCUGUCAGCUCAAAUGUGGCACGCCUGGUUCAUCUGCUCACCGCUGGGCCGCAAUUUGCCGGUCAUGCGGCUCGCGUGACCGAUGAGGCACGGGAGUCCCAAGUCCCGGUCUGUACCGCUGGUUUGGCUAGUUUGAAUGCGGCUCAAUCGGUCCUUCGUGCAGCACAAAAUCUGAUCACCAGUGCCCGAUCUGGACAAUCGGAAAUGGCCUUUAUGGGUUUCUCAAAUGCGAGUAAAGACCUAUCCGAGAGCAUCAAAACCCUGGCCGCGGCAAUGCGGGAUCAUGCGCCAGGUCAGAGAGAAUGUCAACGUGUGCUGAACAAUAUUGUUCGACUGAUGCAAGAUUUACAACAGGCCAAAAUGGCUAGCAUGGAAGAUCAUUUGCAACCACGACGCGAAUUGAGUGAAGAAGGCUUCCAAAAACAACUGGCCACCAGUGCUCGGGCCCUUUUGGAUUCUGCGCCCGCAUUGGGUCGCGCUGCUCGUUCCGAAGCAGAACAGUUGGGUCAUUCCGCACUUCUGGUUGACUCCUAUCUGCCCGGUUUGACAUCGAGUGCGAUUGCGGCCGCCUCGCGAUCCCCGUUGUCUAGCACUCAACUAAUCUAUCUGGAACAUGCCUGUACCGUGCUCGAGGCAACAGAUCAACUAGUCACUAUAGCUCGUGAUGCGGGUGGUAAUCCUCGGGCCGUGCAUCUGCACACUGCACUUGAUGAUGCCGUUCGUGGUGUGAUGGACUCGUGUGAGGAUUUGCUCACCGCACUGGAUGAUAUCGCUUCCCGUCAAGGUCAUGUGAGCACGCUGAUCGAUACUCUGAAUCGUGCCCUGGCUCAGACCGAGGACAUCAUUCAAGUUCCAGUCGAUGCCCGUUUCGCUGAUUACCAGGCUCGUCUGUUACGAAUCGCUCGACAUAUGGAACAGCUAAAUCAAGCCAUUCAACUCCGUGCCCGACAACCAUCCUCAGAGGGUGAGCUCACCCCGCUUGCUCACACUCUAACUCAGGAAUAUCAAGAAAUGUGUCAGACUUGUAAAGGCGCCGCAGCCACUUUACCCGAUGCUCGGCAGGCCGAUGAGUUGCGUGCGGCUGUCAAAGCGGUCGGUUUGGCUUCCGCAGGUCUGGUGCAUGCAACUACCGGCAGCCGACUUCGCGGCUCAGAUAUGCAUGGGGGACAACAGAUGUUGCUCAGCCGAAAUCGUGGCAUUGCCGAUCUGGACAAGCGAGCAGAACUGUUGGAUUGUAAGGUGUGUUGUUUUCAUUUGACUACUCAUAAGUAG